GGAGGGGAAGGGCGGCCCUUCCCCCCAAAGGCUCCUCCGCACUGGCUUUUUCGAUGAAUUUGAGGCAAAAUCCGGGCAGUGGGGCAGAACAGAGUGUGAGGACUCAGAUGCGAAACGUGACCUCUAUCGGGGGCCUAGGAGAAACCAGCCACCCGGGCGAGAAGAUGAACUCUGAGCCCUCCUCACCACACGCACACACCCCCCGAGGUCUCGGAGGGGAAAAGUCGAGCUGAACCCCUUCAGCCCCACCCCGAGCGCCUCUCAAAAAAGCCAAAAAAGGCAAAACAACUCCCAAAAAACCGACCGCCUCCUUGACAGAAGCUGCCAUCCCCUCCUUUCCCUCUCUCUCUCCGGUCUCCCCCGAGUCAUUAGCCUGGAAUGUACGGCUAUUCAACCAGCCCUUUUGUGUGCGUGGCUCAUUCUGGCCAUCUCCUCCCCCCCCUCCCCCGCUCAACCCAACACCUUUCUUUCACAGUGAUAAAGGGAAAAAAUUCAAAGCAGAGUGUUUUUUCUUUAAAACAAGAUAAUCUAUGACAGGGAUGUAAGCUGCACACAGCCAUUGGAUGGUGUUUUACAUAGUGCAUCAGAGAAAGCUAGAGAAUACGUUGCUCAGAUGCGCAAAAUUACCAGAGACCUGAAACUGCAAGUAAUAUGACAUCGACAGACAAGCUUGGUGGGGAGGGUUGGAAAGAAGGAAGGAACAGAAGGAAGAGAAUGAGACAAAAGAAAUGGAAAUCAGAUCCCGUGUCAGUUACUGGCUGUAUUUUAACUGGAAGGUGCUGUGGUUACAGAGAACUCAAAGGAUGCGUAGGUGACCGAUAGAGAAAAGAAGCUGUGCUGAAACAUUACAGUUACUGCAGGACUGGACCAGGAUAAUUUUUCUCCUUGUUUCUAGCUGAAACUCCAAGCAUAACAACAGGAAACCCACGCCAGUGAAGGUAAAAAGGAGAGGAAUUUGAGGAGGAGAGAUGUAUGGAGGUGGAUUACAGCUGAAACAAAGUUGCCCAUAAAGCUAUUAGUGCAAGAGGAGGCACUAGGAGGGGGAAGGAGCUGUUGUUUGCCGAUCUUGAGUAAAUGUCAGAAACAAAAACACACGUUUUUGAAGUGCAAAGCAGGAGCUGAUCUCACAAAGGCAUCUGUUUGCUGACAAGGCUUGUAACCACAAGCGUAGUAUUGUCCUUUCCAGAGGCAAGAGAAGAGAGACAAAGACACCAUGGCGUGAAGUAGUAGGCUGCGUUUAUUUUUUCACCGAUAGUUCCACCAACAGGACAAGAUGGCAUGGUCACAGCACCAGGGCUGGAUGUUCACCUGCUUUCCUGGAGAGCUGUGCUGGGGACUGUGUGCAGCAGGAGAAAGAGGAGGAGUAGACAUUCUGUUCUGUUGGUAUUUAUAAUUGAGAUGUAAUCAGGUAUCCAGCAAACGCUGACCCACAUACCAGAAUUACAUUGCAGAGACCAAAAGGCGUGGCAAAAUGCAAUCCAGAAACCCAAAUAACUUUCCCUAUGUUAUAAAAAAUAGCUGCCUUUGAACACAGAUAAAUAUGUCUUAAAAAAAAAAAAAAAAAAAAAAAAAAAAAACCCAAACAACAACACAAACACCAAAACAGAAGAAAGAGAGAGAAGCAGGUGGCACUCUGAAUUUCACAUAAAUCCGAGCAGCUGUUUGGAAGAAUAAAUCUGUGAAGGCAAAAGUUUUGCCUUGGGCAGCCAACACAUUGCAUUACAGAGGAGCACUGGAAGACAGUGUUUAAAAUCUGUACCACUGAUGUGGCAAUGUUCUUGCCACAAAGGUACAUCUAGCAUGUUUCAGGAGCGUGCAAAGCACCAAGCAAAUUUGUUCCCGCAGCCCAAACCAAAAGCGAUACUUGGAGUAGGAGAACGAUAUUUAAAAAAAAAAAUAAAGAGAGAGAGAGGGAGAGAUACAAUCCCCAUUUGGAUCAAGCAAUGGGUCUUAAUGUAAGUCUAAAAAACAUAAGAAAAACUCUCAGCAACCUGAAAUAUGAGGGUUUAUUUUUUAAAUGAGCCUCUCCUGAAGCAAGGACAUUUUGCUGAGACAAUUUUCUCAUCCCCUAAAGGCAUGGCAGUAAUUUCAGACUUCUACCAAAAUAGAAAUGUGUCAGCAGUAUAAAGGCCUUGGCUGAGAGGAGCCUGUGAGGCUGGGAUGGUGUGAGCCAUAUACAGAGUACAAGGGUGUGCCUGUGCUGGCACCAUCUCUGACUGGAGAUCUCUGACCACAGCUGCGACAUGAUUUAUAGUGCUGCAAAUGUGAUUCCCUGGCAGUGGAUAAUCAGUGCUGGACUGGAACUUGAAGGAGCUGGGCAGGAACUCCCUUGCCUUGGCUCCCUCACAGGGCAUCCCAAUUAACCUGAGUCACAUUUGUGUUUUUCUCUGUUCACUGGGACUAUUGCUCUGUAUAUUGGUGAACCCCAAGUGCCUUGCAUGAUGUGAGGCUGCUUCAAAUGGAAACGGGAUCGCAGCUGGGCUGUCAUUCUGCAAUUACCUCUUCCCAGGGGUGAAGGGUGCUAUUCCCUCUGCUCCCCACUCCCCCAUGGGACUGCUAUAAGGAGUUUGCCAAUGAGUAUAAAAAGCUGGUGUUUUCACAUGCAUAAGAGGCACCUUAAGCAUGACAAGGAAGAUCUUCACCAACACCAGGGAGAGGUGGAGGCAGCAAAAUGUCAACAGCGCCUUUGCCAAACUGCGGAAACUCAUUCCCACCCACCCACCAGACAAAAAACUGAGCAAGAAUGAGACCCUCCGUUUAGCCAUGAGAUACAUCAACUUCCUUGUCAAGGUCCUGGGGGAGCCAGGCCUGCAGCAGACAGCAGUGGCAGCUCGGAGCAGCAUCCUGGGGUUCUUCCAGCAAGCCCCACACUUGCAAAGCAUGGAGGAGCUGACACUAAUUGAAAACUGUGGUGUCUCCUGUCCUGGCAUGAGCAGCAAUAUAGUAGAGUGUUGGUCAGAGACAUCAUCUCCCUAGCAAGCAAUGAGAUGUGCAGUCUUGGUGUUAGUCUCGAUAGUCCUCUCCUUUUGCUCCUCUAUGUAUUGUGAAUAUUUAUUCAUAUUUAUUACUAUUUUAUUUGGUAUGCAUUUUUAUUUAAUAGGAAAGGAAAUCCUUGGUAAUCCAAAAACCUGGAGGUCCAGAGGGAGAACUUGCAGUCCCUGGGAAAUUGGAAGGACUCACCGCUGUCUCACUGAGUCCUCUCCAAGACAGAGGAGCCUUCUACCCAGAUCUCCUCCAUAAAUCAGGCCGUAGAAACUCAUUCAGUGCUUCUGACACGGAAAGAGAUUAUUCUCCCAUGCUAAUUCAAGGAAACACUACUGAGAUGAAGAAUGAUGACUGCACCACAAAAUUUGUCCAAGACAGACAUCUGGCCUUGGUAGUGAAAGAUUUUGAGAGAUGUGAUAUUUGACACAGUCCUCCACCAGUUGUUCCAGGGGCUAAUUGCAGUCACUCUUGAGCUUAUGAAUCUUAUUUCCAGCUUGAUUCUUUUUUUUGAGAAUGCAAGUCUUAGUCCUUGAACCUGGCUACAUCUUUCUCCGUCAGACUGGAGGGAUCCCUAGAGUCAGAGCAAAAUGUAUUAAAUAAAAUUAAAUGUUAGGUUAAAGCAAAGUGCCAAUUUAAACUUAAAGAAGACAGUCGUAGAUGAGUUUCAGUGGGUUCAGUAGGCAGUGUAUACCUCCUUUGUAGCAGUGCCAGUGUGCAUGUGAAGGAUGAUAGUCAGCUAUGCUCCAGAUGCCUUAAAAUCCCAUCAAAAAGAGGCUGGUGGAUAAAUGUCUUUGCAUACCCAGCUGACUGCCUUUAAACUCCUUGAUUUCACCUGCUGUAGCUGAGGUAGCUAUAGCUACAGCUAUGGCUGUAGCUGGAUACUAUCCCAAAUGGGCUGAUGGAGCAAGGACAAAGAAAUUGGUGUAAAUGGUUUUCAUUUCAUUCAGCAAGUAAUUUCCCUAUAGGGAGAAACCCCAGCCAUCAUGCUCGUUGGUGUUUGGAUGAUAAGCAGGUUGAAAGAGGUUUCGUGAAAGUGGUUUCAUGUUGUUACCUAAAAAAAAAUUUAAUUUCCUGACGAGUUAUAACCUGUGCCAUAAAAGGUCUGGGCUGCUCGUGUGAGGUACAGAGCAGCCCAGAACAGCAGAAAAAAUGACACAGGCUUGAAGUAGAGUGCCUUCCUGGUCAGAUCCCGCUGACAAGUCCUUUGGAUUUCCAUGUGGACCAAGGUACAUGUCAAGGCUUAGAAAAGACAAUUGUUCAGGACUGGUGAAGAAAUGGAGCUUCCUUAGGCCAAGGCACGUCCCUGGGCUGUUUCUGUUUGUUCAUGAGACAAUGAGGUGCCUUCAGAAAGCAGAGAUAGGGUUUGUGCACGUAAUAUGUACAGCCCUUCUGCAUGAGGGGAUUUGGCACCUGAAGCUGAGCUGCCUUUCAAAGCCUCACCAAGCACCAGAUGUGCCAAAGAAGCCAGGGCUGGCUCCUGCUACGGGUAUAUUGGGCUGUCCUGAGAAUUGACAAAGACCAAGGACACAGCCCACCCCGUCCAGGACUGGUGUUGGAAGGCACAGGCAUGCCAGUGGACAGAGUUUGACCAAAAAGAAAAGGAAAAAACAAAAAACUGAAAGGGUUUCUGUUGAUUUGAUUUUGGUUUUGAACACUGCUAAUAGUCAGUUUGCUUGUCCCUGUGUUUGUGAGCUGUCAGGACUGCACUGGAGGGCAGCUGAGUGAAAAGGCACUGAGAGUACAUCCUUCAUGUGGCUUGUUUCUCGCCACCUCUGCCCACUUUAAUGGGAUUAAAGGGAGCCACAGCCUCCUGUGCACAGCAGCACCUCAAAGGUAAUGAGCCAAGUCCUCCUCCCAGCUUUCUGCUGGCUCACUGGAGUUACAGUAGAACAGAUUAGUCCACGUAAAUCAGGGCACUUAUUGGCGAGGUGUGGUGGUACUCUUUGGUCUAUCAGUCAUUUGCUGUCUCAGGAAACACACAGUCACCAAGGCAAGGCAAAACAUCUUGUGAGAAGCUGUCAUCCAGAGGAAGGGAAAGAAAACCUGGCAGUUUUGUAAUGUAACACACUUGUUGUAUUUUCUGUGCUAAAAAAAACUUCCCUUCUUGGUAUUGCUUUGGUUCAUAUCAGUGCUUUCUUUGAUCUCCUUUCAAUUUAGAAGCUCCCUGCUCUCACACUCAGCAAGUAUCUCACUAAUCUAUCUACCAAAGACUUUUUUUUUUGGUCGUUUCUUCUUUGUGUUUUGGGGAUUUAUCUGUAUGAUCAUGAACACAUACAGUGUAACUGAUACCAUUCUGUGCUAUAUGAUGUUAUUUAACUUCUAAUAUAUUCCAAAUAAAUUAUUUAAUUAACUAA